AUGGUACUCUGUCGCUUCUUUGAGCAGGGACGCUGCGCCAAAGGCGACACCUGCAGCUUUGAACAUCUUCGGCCCUCGUCCAAUGCUUCUACCCCACCAUUUCGGGUGCCAUGUAGCUUCUUUCGAAAAGGCGCUUGUAAGAACGGCGUUGCAUGCAAGUAUAAUCACACAUUGGUGGACAGCUCUUCUACUCCACAAUCGGCGCCGACGGACCUAAAGUCAAAGAUUCCGUGUACGUUCUACCUAAGAGGUUUGUGUUUCAAAGGAAACGAUUGCCCCUUCAAUCAUAGCUCACGGGAUGCUGGGUUAAAGAACUUCACCGAAGUUGUCGCUGUAGCCCAAGAGAUUAAUCCUGAACAGCCUCGAGAUAAGAUUGUUGAUACACACGCUCAUGACAGGAGUCAUCCUCAUGAACAGCAUUCACUCUCGAGAACCGUAGUAGGAGCUACAAUCACCUUCGCGGAAGGCGCUGCGGUCGCCAAGGUUUCACUACCAUCCGACUUUUCGAUCCUGGCUGUGACAGGUUUACCACGACACGCUACCCUAGAUGACAUACGUAAAAUGCUCGUCAGCUCAGGAGUCAGCCGGCACGUAGAAUCGAUUGUGGUAAAGCUCGACUCGCAGACAGCAAAGCAAUCAGCUCAAGUCAAGGUAGCUGACGGGGGUGUUGCAAGUAGGAACGCCUUCGAGUCUGGUACUGACUCCUGGAUAAACGACUACGGUGCCAAAAUCAACACUGUUCAGAUUGGCGAAUCUGAGUCGGGUACUAAUCGCCUACAUCUCUCCGGGGUCACUUGUACGUGGCACAAUCCUUCUCUGUCAGCUCAUCUAGAGUAUGGCAACAUGGGCCAAGCCAAACAGUCACUGUCGAAACUCGAAAAGAAAGACGUGGAAUUCCGAGGACGCCGACCUACCUUUGUACUUUCAUCAGACUCCCGUGGGAUCAAAGUUGGCAAUCUCGAUGUCCAUACCAGUGUCAAUGAUUUAAAACAGUACUUCAAAUACGGGCCGUCGGAGAUCAGAUUGGGUCAGAAAUCCCACUCCAAGUCUUCGAAAGACCUCCGGCAUCACGUGGGAGCGUCUUUAGAAAAAUGUGGUCACGUCCUCGAGUGGUCAGUUACAGUCCAACCUGGUGGAUCCAAAGUCAAAGCCUAUGCAAAGUUUUCAAGUCCCGAUGAGGCCGUUCAAGCUGUGAAGCAACUCAACGGUUCCGCGGUCGAACCUGAAUCAAACGAUAAAUUGCAUGUUCAACAGACCGUCUCCGUCAAGCUACCAGUCUCGCAACGCGUGCUGAAGGUCAUCACGACCCAACUCUAUGCGCUGGCCGACACAGCACGGAGUGCUCAAUAUGUUGCUAUCAAGGCUUACGAUAAUCCGCUCAAGGCGUACACGCAAAUUCGUGUAUCUGGCUCUGACAAAGCGUCAGUCGCUCACGUCAAGAUACAGGUUGAGAAGUUGUUGGCGGGCACUAUCGCUACCAGCGGUGGACAGCCUUUGACCCAUGCGUACUUUUUCCAAGGCUCAUUCACGCCAUUUCUCGAUCAAGUUAUGACUUUGCAUGGAGUCGUCAUUGUUCGUGAUCGACGGAAAAUGCUCCUGCGACUCUAUGGAGAGGAGGUGAACAUUCAUGCUGCACAGGAAGCACUGUUAGCGAAAAUCGAAGAGACCAACAGUCAGACCAGAAACAUCUUGCUUGACUCAAACUCAUUAGCUACCGCUGUGAAAGGGGGGUUCCGACUGAUUGUCGCUGCUGUCGGUAAAGACAGGGUGAAGCUGGACGUUACAUCGAAUCCAAAGCAGAUAAUACUUACCGGUACAGACAGGGAAGAAGCUAAGAUCCAGGAGAUCCUGAAGUCCUAUCGGCCAGAUAUACCUGAGUCUAUCGCCGACAUGUCCAUUGACGGGGAGGCCGUGCCACUGUGUGCAGUGUGUUGGACUCCAGCGGAAGACGCUUUCAAAACAGCCUGCGGCCACACGUACUGCAGCUCCUGCAUCAUCGCACAAGCAGCGUCCACAUCAACCUUCCCUCUCUGCUGCUUAGGUAAAUCCGGAACAUGCAGUACUCCCCUCACUCUGCAAGACCUACGCACCGUGCUACCCGCGACCGAUUACGAAGCACUCCUCGAAUCCUCCGUGGCUAGAUACAUCCGCUCCCACCCAUCUGCCUUCCAGUACUGCUCCACCCCCGACUGCGACCGCUUCUACCGCAUCUCCGCGCCAGAACAUCCAGUCGCUUAUAACUGCGACUACUGCCUCACGUCCACCUGUACGGCCUGUCACGGCGCGGCUCACCCUGGACAGACAUGCGAAGAGGCUAGUAGUGCUCGAGACGGUGCGGACGAGUUCUCGGAAUGGAAGAAGCAGAAUGAUGCGCGGGACUGUCCUUCUUGUGGCACGCCUAUUCAGAAGAGCGCGGGGUGCAAUCAUAUGGAGUGUCGGUCUUGUCGGGCUCAUAUUUGUUGGCGGUGCAUGCGGACGUUUGGGUGUGGGCCGGAUGUGUAUGCUCAUAUGAAUAGAGACCAUGCGGGGGAUUGGGGACUGUGA